AUGCUUCUCCAUGCAAAUGCUCAAAUUCUUCUGGCUCGCCCAAUCUGCUGGACUUGGCACGAGGAGCAGCAGAAGCAGGAGGAGGAGGAGGAGGAGAAGGAGGAGAAGGAGGACUCCAGCCCUCCCAUGCGCGGGACAACGGCCAGCAGCCCUCGUCCCGCUCCAGAGGUGCUGGUGCUUGGACGGUGUGUUCACGCAUAA